AUGAUCUCCGCGCUCGCAUGUCUCAUGGAGCUACCGAUAGUUCUUGGAUUCCUAGCCGCAUUUCUGCCUCUACUCGUCUAUGCCGCUCAAAAACCGCAAAAACGAAGAGGCGCUCGUGGCAAUGAGUUGCCCUUCCUCUCGUGCAGCGGUUGCUGGCUACCAUAUAGCAAAGGAAAUAGUGCAUCCCGAACCCCGAUGAUGCUGGCCAACGGCACCAUCCGAUGUUCCCGCUGCGUCCAAUACAGCGGGCCCACAGCCGCGAAAAAAGCUGAAUUCAUCACCGAGCUUCUCUCCUCCGCACCAAUCGAGCUAGAAACCGGAAGCUG